CUCGUGGCCUCGCCGGCCGCAGAGCGCCGUGCGCUGACGCCGGGCGCAGGCCGGGCAGCCGGGGCCGGGCUCGCGCUCCGCCGUCGCGCCUCCAUGUCGGACAACCAGAGCUGGAACUCGUCGGGCUCGGAGGAGGACCCGGAGACCGAGUCCGGGCCGCCGGUGGAGCGCUGCGGGGUCCUGAGCAAGUGGACAAACUACAUCCAUGGUUGGCAGGAUCGUUGGGUGGUUUUAAAAAACAACACUCUGAGUUACUACAAAUCCGAAGAUGAGACAGAGUAUGGCUGCAGAGGCUCCAUCUGCCUUAGCAAGGCCGUCAUCACGCCUCAUGACUUUGAUGAAUGUCGGUUUGAUAUCAGUGUAAAUGACAGUGUCUGGUAUCUCCGAGCGCAGGAUCCGGAUCACCGCCAGCAGUGGAUAGAUGCAAUCGAGCAGCACAAGACUGAGUCUGGAUACGGCUCUGAAUCCAGCUUGCGCCGACAUGGCUCGAUGGUGUCGUUGGUGUCUGGAGCUAGUGGCUAUUCUGCAACUUCCACCUCUUCAUUCAAGAAAGGCCACAGUUUACGUGAGAAAUUGGCUGAGAUGGAAACCUUCAGAGACAUCCUGUGCAGACAGGUUGAUACUCUGCAGAAGUACUUUGAUGCCUGUGCAGACGCUGUUUCCAGAGAUGAACUCCAAAGGGAUAAAGUGGUAGAAGAUGAUGAAGAUGACUUCCCUCUGACACGCUCUGAUGGAGACUUCUUGCAUAAUACUAAUGGCAAUAAAGAAAAGUUAUUUCCACAUGUCACACCAAAAGGCAUUAAUGGUAUAGACUUUAAAGGGGAAGCGAUAACGUUUAAAGCGACUACUGCUGGAAUCCUUGCUACACUUUCUCAUUGUAUUGAACUCAUGGUAAAACGUGAGGAGAGCUGGCAGAAGAGACAUGAUAAGGAAGUUGAGAAGAGAAGAAGAAUAGAGGAAGCAUACAAAAAUGCGAUGACAGAACUCAAGAAAAAAUCCCACUUUGGAGGACCGGAUUAUGAAGAAGGCCCAAACAGUCUGAUUAAUGAAGAAGAGUUCUUUGAUGCUGUUGAAGCUGCUCUUGACAGACAAGACAAAAUAGAAGAACAGGUAUAUCUUGAGAAGGUCAGAUUACAUCGGCCUACAUCCUUGCCCUCUGGAGAUGCCUUUUCUUCUGCAGGGACUCACAGAUUUGUACAAAAGGUUGAAGAGAUGGUGCAGUACCACAUGACUUACUCGUUACAGGAUGUGGGUGGAGAUGCCAAUUGGCAGCUGGUUGUAGAAGAAGGAGAAAUGAAGGUAUACAGAAGAGAAGUAGAAGAAAACGGAAUUGUUCUGGAUCCUCUGAAAGCCACCCAUGCAGUUAGAGGUGUUACAGGACAUGAGGUCUGCAAUUACUUCUGGAAUGUUGAUGUCCGCAAUGACUGGGAAACAACUAUAGAAAACUUCCAUGUUGUGGAAACACUAGCUGAUAAUGCAAUCAUCGUUUACCAGACACACAAGAGAGUGUGGCCUGCGUCUCAGCGAGAUGUGUUGUAUCUUUCUGCCAUUCGAAAGAUAGCAGCCGAGACUGAGAAUGACCCUGAAACAUGGAUAGUUUGUAAUUUUUCUGUGGAUCAUGACAGUGCUCCCCUAAACAAUCGAUGUGUCCGUGCCAAAAUAAAUAUCGCUAUGAUUUGUCAGACCUUAGUAAGCCCACCAGAGGGCAACCAGGAGAUCAGCAGGGACAACAUUCUAUGCAAGAUUACCUAUGUAGCUAAUGGGACUGAAGACGGGCUGUGUGACAUUCCAUGUUGGAGAAGAACCAAAUGGACACUCUGAGCUGGAACGUAGGACCUGCAGCCUGUCCGUGGCCUUGUGCUAAGCAGGGAGGACAUGCCCAUUUCACACUGGCUCUUUCUGGGGAGAUCUCCUUGCCUAGCGUGUAGCUAUAAAUACAUGUGAAGUUACAUGUAUAUGGCUAUAUUUUUAUUUGCUUGCUCCUAGAAGAAAAAGAAAAUUAACUUCAAGUCACAACUAGGAAUGGAUGCUUUUAUUUUUGGAAACUUUUUCAGAAUUUUUACUUUCCUAUGGUCUGGCCGAAGCUCCUCAGCUGUGUUCAGCUUUUGUGCAUGAAACAAAAGCACCAAGGUGAGUGUACAUGGGGCUGUGUUUCUGCGCCCCAGGCACUGGCUGGGCUCUGGUGAGGCCAAUGGCUCCAUGUCCAGGCACCUUCCAGGCCCUGGCUGACGCUGACAGCUCCAUGUCAAAGCACCAGCCAGGCUCUGGCUGAGGCCGACGGUCAGCUCUGUGUCCAGAUUCCUUUUUGACCCUUUUGCUUUGUACACUCAGAACCCAUUGCUGCUGAUUUCUAAAUGAUUCGUGUCGUCACAUGUCUCCCAGUAACCUGUGAUUUCACCUUUUUUAGAGUCUUAAUCCCAUGAAGAACAUCAGUUCUGAUGGAGAAAGACUCAAAGCUGUAUUCCCCAGUUGAUGUUUCUGCUGUAUUUUUAGUUGCGUACAGUGUGCCGCAGACCUGUUUCCCGUUUGUCACAAACACAGUUUUGUUCUUCCUGCCUCCAGACAGAAACUGUACCACACUAUGGGUGUGGACUAACCUGUGAUCAGUGGCUGGAUUGAAGGAGCUCAUUUCCUGACAUUUGUAAGAAUACAUGGUGUUGCUUGCUGAGCAUACAGGACUGAGUGUGACUGUGGGUGCACUGUGCCUGGGUUUAGGUGACAGAUGGGUUUGUUUCUCUUGUGGUAGGAACAGCUGCAAGGGUGUGCUGUGUCACAGGGCUACCGGCAGCAUGGCAGGGCACAUGGGCAGCCUCUAGCCACACAGGGAGGUGGGAAUGCACAAGGGUCCACAUGGGAGGCUUCCCUCCGCUGCACCUAUGGAGUGUGAAGGCCUGGGCACCUGCAGUGGGGGCAGGGGACAGUCGCCGUGGAUGUCGGGUCUGUGCCAUGUCCCACAGGAGCCUGCUCCCCUACCCUGCCCAGCUCAUGGUCUGUAGCAGCACAGAAGUCUCCUAGACUGCGUCCUGUACAUAUUCCAUGUGUGGUAAUGGAGUCUUCCUGAUACAUGCAAGGUGGUGAUUUAAUGAUGGGGUUAGUCUGAUCACUUAUUGUGCACAGUCCUGGAAGUGAAUAACUUGCAUCGGAUAUAAUGAUAUUUAUUAUUCUGUACAGAGAGAACAUACAAAACAAAUGCUUAUGUCACAUGCACGCAGAUUUCACGCUCUAAUGUUUUCUAUUUUUUUAAUUUACUUUAAAUGAUGUGCAUGGAAUAUGCCUUAUUACAGAGAAAUGUCAUUCAUAAUUUGACUACAUAGAAAAGUGCCUCUGCGGUGGUUAUGCCAGUCGGGCAAACAAGACAAGUGGUCAUGUCAGUCACUGCGCCCCAGUCAGCAUUUUAUAUUGUCAUGUUUAAAAAAGAAAAGUUUAUACCUCAAAUGUGUAUUUUAUUUUACAAUCAGCUAUGGGUGGGAUGGGAAGAUGGGAGAUGGGGUGGGCAGAGUGCAGACAGAGCCACUGCUGGGAAUCCCAGAAGCACUUUGCUCCCUGUGAAUGUUUUCAUGCCACUGCUGGUACCUCGUAAACACAAAGAAGGCCUGCCUGAGUCGAUGCUUUGUUUUAGAAUUGUGGAAAUUUACGAAGCAGCAUCCGGAUCUCAUUCUGCUUAAUUGCAUUUGGGUUAAAUAUGAUAGUCUUCUUUUGCAAUUCUGUAAAUGAAAUGAUUCUACUGGAAGUGUUUGUAGUAAAAAAGAAAAAGAGAAAGAUACAUUUUGAAAGAAAUGUGCUGGUUCUCACUGGAGUUCAUCCCACCCACUCAGGUGUGCAGGUGAUUCAGGAAUGCGGGGAUCAUGGUGGAGCCCUGACCUCUGACAGCCUCAGGCUUCCACCCCAAAUGUCUGCCAGGAUUCUCACCCAUAGACAUUCUCUUCUGCCUGGCAGGAAGGAAGCAUUCUCCUUUUUCUUUUGUGCUUUUGUGCAUUUGGAACCCAUUGGACACGUAGGGACUGUUUAUCCCUGUGAGCCUGGGACGUGGCAGGAGCAGUGUUCACACACUGUUUGGGGCCUUUUGCUCGAGCAGGGUCUGUGAAGGAGGUCGGAGAAGGCAAGGGAAGCAGGAGUGGGCUUCCCAGCUGCCUCUGUGUGGCUCCCGUGGGCUUCCAAGUUGCUUGUCCCAUCCAGCCUGUACUGGAUCCUUCUUCGUUCAACUGCAGACUCAAAGCAUAAUUGUUAAAGUACUUUGAAAGUGUGGAGUGUAACUGUUCUAAAUAGCUUUACCAUUCUGAUGAUUUUUUAAAAUAAUAAAGUGGGAUCUUCCAUGUUACAAUCAAUUAAAACCAGUAUUUAAAAGUGGAAAAGUAUUAAAAUAUUAUGGACAAAAA